GUCCCACAUGUUUAAGUGUACUUCUGUUGGCUAGUCUCGUAAUUUAUAUAUGUUCUUGAAUGACGUAACUAUCAAUAAAUGUCCUUGGAUGAGUAGCUAGCUAACAGUGGGAGGAGAGGUUUCCAGCAGCUCGCGCUCAUUCAUUGAUUCAAAGUCAUCAUGGCAGAACAAAGCCUACUGGAAACUGAGGCGAUACAAUGUAACGUUAAUGCUAAAGACACCGGCUUCAAAAAACGUUUAGGACUGAUCGCAACUGGAAUUGUCGGGGGGUCAUUGGUUGCCCUUUACGCUGUUGCAGGUCCAUUUGUUGCACCUGCUUUGAGAAAGGUGUGCCUACCUUAUGUUCCCGCAACUACAGCACAGGUGGAAAAUGUCCUGAAAGUGCUGCAGGCGAGAUCUGGAUCCCUCGUGGACAUCGGAAGUGGGGAUGGAAGAAUAGUGAUAGCAGCUGCAAAGAAAGGAUUUCGAGCUGUUGGAUUUGAGUUGAAUCCAUGGUUGGUGUGGUACUCUCGUUACAGAGCUUGGAGAGCGGGUGUUCAUCAUUCUACUUCCUUCCACAUUUCAGAUUUAUGGAAGGUCAGCUUUAAUCAGUACUCGAAUGUUGUCAUAUUUGGAGUACCUCAGAUGAUGGAUAAGUUGGAGGGCAAACUGCAGACAGAACUACAGAGCACAGCUAAAGUGGUGGCCUGCCGUUUCCCUUUUCCCACCUGGGCACCUGAUGGCACCGCUGGAGAAGGAAUAGACACUGUGUGGGUAUACGAUGCAGAGUCGUUCAAAACAGAAAGAGGAACACAUCAGGGACAUUUUGUAACUCCACAUCAGCCCCUGGGCAAUGAUGACACUACCACGUCAUACUAAUUGUGUUCAUCCCUGAAUGCCUCAGGGAUUUGUUGCUUUCAAAAUCAUUCCCAGGAUGUUAUCAAAUGUGUGAGAGUCAGUAAUAAAAAAAUUGUGAUAAUUUAA